CUUUUUUUCUUUUCAAGCUUUACCCUGCUCAAUUCUUCUUUUUACAAUUAUUGAAUACACAUAUAUUCAGAUAGCAAAUUGAUACCCAAAACUAGUCGUCGUAAAAUUCCAACAUAUCGACAAUGGCGGGCCCUGUGCGACAGCCAAUUGACAUUGCGUCCUUUGAGCGCUACAUCACCCAGAAUGUCCCUGAGAUCAAAACGCCCAUAACCUUAAAACAGUUCGGCUUCGGGCAAUCCAACCCAACCUACCAAAUCACCGACUCCACCUCCUCAAAGUUCGUCAUGCGCAAGAAGCCUCCCGGCAAACUCGUCAGCAAAACCGCCCACAAAGUCGAGCGCGAAUACCGGAUCCUCUCCGCGCUCCAAAACACUGACGUCCCCGUCCCAAAGGUCUACUGCCUCUGCGAAGACUCCAGCGUCGUCGGCAGCCCCUUCUACAUAAUGCAGUUCCUCGACGGCCGCAUCGUGACCGACCCGUCCUUCCCUGACGCCUCGCCCCAGGACCGCACGGAAAUGUGGCAUGACGCCGUGCGCACGCUCGCGAAACUGCACCGUCUGGAUCCGAAGGCGAUAGGUCUCGAGACGUUCGGGAAGCCGCGGGGGUUUUACAAUCGGCAGAUUAAGACGUUUACGCAGCUGGGGGAUGCGCAGGCGAAGACGAAGGACGUAGAGACGGGGGAGGAGGUCGGCGAGAUUCCGCACAUGGGGGAACUUAAGAGGUUCUUUGAGGAGGAGAGGAGGCAGCCGAGGGAUCGGGGCGUGCCGAUUCAUGGGGAUUAUAAGAUUGAUAAUUUGGUUUUCCACAAGACGGAACCGAGGGUUAUUGGGAUUUUGGACUGGGAAAUGGCAACAAUAGGGCACCCCCUCUCCGACCUCUCCAACCUCAUUGCCCCCUGGACCGUCACAGCAUUCUCCCCCGACCGGCACCACUCGCACAAGAACUUCGCGCCCGGGUCCUCGACGCCGGGCCUGCCCACGCCCGAGCAGGCCGUGCAGUGGUAUGCAGAGGUCGCGGGCUGGCACCCCGGCAGUGAACUCGACUGGAGCAUGGCGUUCGCGAUGUGGAGGGAUGCCAUCAUCUUUCAGGGCAUCGCGAGUAGAUAUGCGGUUAGGCAGGCAAGUUCGGAGCAGGCGAAGAGGGUUGGAGAGGAGAGGGGGCCGUCGGCGGAGAUGGCGUGGGAGUUGGUGGGGAGGGUGAAGGGGGGACAGGCUGCGAGAGCGAGUCUGUAG